AUGACCGGGGACCACGAAUCUGACGAUCACGGCCUAGCCAGCGCAAGCAAGGCAGUCGUUGUGCAGACGAUGGCAGUUGAUACUGUUGAAGUGGCGGUCGCCGCCGCUGUCGACCUUAGUCAUCGCUGUCACAGAGAGCUGGCCCUAUACAGGCAGGUUCUGUGCGUGCAGUGGGAUUGCAAGAUUAUGCGGCCGUUUGCCCGUGAUCGUGGCCGCCUAGGCGCGCGUCCAUCCUCCGAUGAAUGCGACUGGUGGCCGCCGUUGGGCAUGAAACAGCGAACGUCGCCACAAAGCCUUGAUGGCAGCGUCGGCGGAUUGCUUAUUCCUGCCGGCUUUCCGCAAGGCUUGGUUGGACUCAAGCCCGUCGCUGUCAACCCCACGGGCGAUGUCCACACGAUGCACCAGGCUUAUGUGACGGCUGCGGAGAGUUUCAUGCGGACGCGCGUGAAUGAGCUUGGUGCGGUUCCUUGGAGGGACCGGGGGCCGAUGAAGGAUCUUGAUAGCAUGGUACCAACACCAGUUAGAGACGGGAGGCGUGCCACCUAG